UCAAAAGCUCGGACAGAAGUUGUCCGAACUCGUGAUACCGGAAGAUCCACACGGAGAACGAAAGAGCGCAGGUCACGUUCUCGUUCACGUUCCAAGACUUGGUCGGACGACGAGUCCGAGCACGAGUUUGAAGGACGUAAUAAAAAGGUUGCUUCUUCCGUGAUCGCUCAACGUCCGCUUGCUGCUAGCCCUGAGCCGGUAAAGGUUUCAUCACAGGUGCACGUCAUGCGGAAGCUGAAAACGGCUACUAGUGAAUUCGAGAAGAAAACUAUGAAGGCGGGAUCGUCUAUGUUCCUAAAAGCAAUGAAUCAAGCAAGCGUGAGCGCUGGAUAUGGUUCUUCCCUCGCGGAGAAAAAGAAGGCUUCUGCUCAAAAUCGUGUAUCGAAAUCUCCACUGAAGAAUCGUAUUUCUCGACCGAGUCUUGUCGAAGUGGAUAGCGACGGUGAAAAUGAAUGCGAUUCGGACGUGGUUGUGAGCGAUGCAUCUCGCCCUCGCCCUGUUAGUCCACACAUUACGGUGACAUUGAAAGGCGCCAAAGAACAUAUUGGGACAAAGGCAGCAGUCAGGAAAACUACUUUGAAACGUCGUAAAGAGAAGGAUAACGGAGAUGCCCACAAAGGAGGUGUUGUCGUUGUGCCGGAGAAGCGUGGUCGGACCAUAGAAAUUGACAAUGACUUGUCGGACGAACUUGAGUCUCCUUCUGUUCGUAAUAAGUGGGAUGGUCAGAUUCAACUGGAUGAGGAGGACACAACGGAUGAUGACGAUCGAUGCUGUUCUGGCCGAUGCUCGUGGUGUUUCACUUCAAUGGAUGAAGACGGAGAAGUCCCACCUACGCAUACUCUAAGUCGUGGGAACAGCUGGUCUGGUUAUGCAGGCUCACCGACGCAACAACCAUCUAGAGAAGCUCCUAAUUAUGUUCCCACUCCCGUGACGAAGGAGGACACCGGAAACUUCCCAACGGUCACGAAAAUUCCAGAACGCUGUCGAUAUUGGCCAGCGUGCAGACAAGGGGAAAAUUGUUCCUAUACCCAUCCUACAAAGCAGUGCAUAAACUUCCCUCACUGUUCGUUCGGCUCUCGUUGUCUGUAUAUUCAUCCGCCAUGUCGAUUUGAUCGGAAAUGUGUUAAUCCGAAUUGUCCAUAUACUCACGGUAAAAUCUCUGCUGCAGUGGCUCCGACCCCAGCUCCGGCACAGGUACCCCAGCCAGUCGCUCCAGCUGGACCUGUGGCAGCUCCAGAGCCGAAGGUUUUGCCUGACGUGCCACUGUCCACUGAGCCAACUCCUGUUCCAACUCUUUCAUCACUGACACCAUGUUUGUUUGGUAACAAGUGUAAGAAACCGAAUUGUGCUUUCAAGCAUCCAAAGCCAAAGCCAGCGAUUGGUGCUGCAGUGACCGCCAAGUACAAGUGGAAAGCGUCGAGCGCCAGUGCAUAG